AAAUCUGCUUUCACACUUUUUCUGCCUUUUACAGAGAACCAAAAGCAGUCCUUGAUAUUUUUCAAAUCGCCUCUUCUCUGUGAUGUAGCUGAAAGAACAACUGAACGUCUGCCUCAGGAUCUUGUGUCUUUUGAGGAAGUGGCUGUGUAUUUCUCUGAGGAGGAGUGGUCCCAGCUGGAUCCUGACCAAAAAGCUCUUCAUGGGGAGGUCAUGCUGGAGAAUUCCAGGAAUCUGGCUUCUCUAGGUAAGCAUCUAACUCGCCCAGUGGUCAGUUGCCAAUUUUCUGGUUCAGGUGCGCAUGCGCACAAGCGUCCAGGUGGGUGGGCGGAGCCUUCUGCCGCCACUACUACUGGUUCGCCUGAUCCGGGCCAAACCGGAAACAACCCACCUGUGAACUCACCACAGAACAAGAGUUACACUAAUAUCAAAGAAAUGGUGGAAGGGAAAAAAGAGAAGAUGGAGGGACAACACUUGGCAGAUGCAGGAACUGGAAAAAGCCCUCUUGCUCCUCAGCCUUGGAGUUAUGGGAAGAAUUGGUCAAGUCUUAGGCAGAAAAUGCAGGAAGUGGGAACUAACACUUUAGAGAUCCAGUGCUGUCAUUUCAGAAAAGUACAGUUCCAGAAGGUGACUGGGCCCCGAGAUGUUUGCAGUCACCUUCACCGCCUUUGUCUUCAGUGGUUGCAGCCAGAAAGACACACAAAGGCUCAGAUGCUGGACCUGGUGCUCCUGGAGCAGUUCCUGGCUGUCCUUCCCCCAGAGAUGGAGAAAUGGGUGCGGGAGUGUGGAGUGGAGACGAGUUCCCAGGCGGUGGCCCUGGCUGAAGGGUUCCUGCUGAGCCAGGAGGAGGAAAAGAUGCAAGAAGAGUUCCAGAUAACCUUGGAAGCAGUCACUGAAUAUGCCACGGGAUGGAAAGAAUCGUCCAAACUCUCUGAAGAAGUGCUUAAGGAGAUCUUCCAGAAAAAUGAAAAUCAGGAUACCAUGUCAGAGAACCAAAACCAGUCUUUGGUAUUUUUAGAAUCAACUCCCCUUCAUGAUGUAGCUGCAAGAGCGACGGAACCUCUGUCUCAGGAUCUUGUGUCUUUUGAGGAAGUGGCUGUGUAUUUCUCUGAGGAGGAGUGGUCUCAGCUGGAUCAUGAUCAAAAAGCUCUCCAUGGGGAGGUCAUGCUGGAGAAUUCCAGGAAUUUGGCUUCUCUAGAAAAUAAUGUCCAGGAGGAUAAGAACUACAAAGAACAAUGCCAAACAAUCCAGCCAAAAGAGGAAAAAGGGAAGUUUGCCGAUCAGCUGAAACCAAAAAGUGAUGAGAGAAACCGAUCACAAAAUGGAAUUAAAAAAAGCUUUUCUUGGAUCAGUCGACUUACUUACCAUAGAAAGAUCCAUACAGAAGAAAGACCCUAUAAAUGCCUGGAGUGUGGCAAGAACUUUUCUAAAUCCAGUCACCUAAUUUCCCACAAAAUGACACAUUCAAAAGAGAAACCAUAUACUUGUAUCGAGUGUGGAAAGGCCUUCCGUGAUAAUUGCUCUCUUAGAAGCCACCAGAGGAAUCACAAUGGAGAAAGGCCCUAUAAAUGCAUGGAGUGUGGAAAGACUUUUACUCAAAGUGGUAAUCUUACUUCUCAUAAAUUCAUCCACACAGGGGAGAAACCAUAUAAAUGCACGGAGUGUGGAAAGACGUUUACUCAAAGCAGUAAUCUUACUUCCCAUAAAAGAAUUCACAAAGAUGGGAAGACAUAUAAAUGCAGAGAAUGUGGAAUGGGUUUCUGUGAAAAUACGUCCCUUAUGGAACAUGAAAGGAUCCACAUAGUGGAGAAACCAUAUAAGUGCAUGGACUGUGGAAAGGGCUUUUCUCUAUCCGAUCACCUCAUUUCCCAUGAAAUGACCCAUUCAGAAGAGAAACCACAUACCUGCUUGGAGUGUGGAAAGAUUUUCCCUGAUAAUUAUUCCCUCAGGGGCCAUCAAAGUAACCACAGGGGAGAAAGACCCUAUAAAUGCAUGGAGUGCGGAAAAACCUUUGCUUGGAGCAGUCAUCUUUCUUCCCAUAAAAGAAUCCACACAGGGGAGAAGCCAUAUAAAUGCAUGGAAUGUGGGAAGAAUUUUAGUACCAACAGCUACCUUACUGCCCAUAAACGGAUCCACACAGGGGAGAAGCCAUAUCUAUGUGUGGAGUGUGGAAAGAGCUUUAGAAGGAGUAGUCUUCUGACUUACCAUAAAAAGAUCCACACAGGAGAGAAGCCAUACCAAUGCAAAGAGUGUGGGAAGAGUUUCAACAGGAAUAGUAAUCUAAAAUGUCAUGAAAGAGUCCACUUGAAAGAGAAGUCUUAUAACUGUGUGGAAUGUGGGAAGAGUUUUAGAAAUAGUAGCCAACUUACUUCCCAUAAAAGGAUUCACCCAGAGGAGAAGCCAUACAAAUGCAGAGAAUGUGGGAAGAGGUUCAGAAAUAGGAGCCAACUUACUUCCCAUAAAAGGAUUCACCCAGAGGAGAAGCCAUACAAAUGCAGAGAAUGUGGGAAGAGGUUCAGAAAUAGGAGCCAACUUACUUCCCAUAAAAGGAUUCACCCAGAGGAGAAGCCAUACAAAUGCAGAGAAUGUGGGAAGAGGUUCAGAAAUAGGAGCCAACUUACUUCCCAUAAAAGGAUUCACCCAGAGGAGAAUUAUUAA